AUAGAGUGGCGGAAGUGGCCCGGCCCCUUCCUCUCCCGAGCCAACGGCCGGGCGAAGCUUCUGGGGACUUCUCUGUCGCGGGGGAUUGUGGGGUUGCCAGGCCGCCCGGACGCGGAGACUGGAGGAGUAGCGGGCCACCGAAUAAGCCUCCAAAAUGAUGCCCACACCAGUUAUCCUGUUAAAAGAGGGGACCGAUAGCUCCCAGGGCAUCCCCCAGCUUGUAAGUAACAUCAGUGCCUGCCAAGUGAUUGCGGAGGCUGUAAGAACCACCCUAGGCCCUCGUGGCAUGGACAAGCUGAUUGUAGAUGGCCGAGGCAAAGCAACAAUUUCUAAUGAUGGGGCCACAAUUCUGAAACUCCUUGAUGUUGUCCAUCCAGCAGCAAAGACUCUAGUGGACAUUGCUAAAUCCCAAGACGCUGAGGUCGGUGAUGGUACCACCUCAGUGACCCUGCUGGCUGCAGAGUUUCUGAAGCAGGUGAAACCCUAUGUGGAAGAAGGUUUGCACCCACAGAUCAUCAUCCGAGCUUUCCGCACUGCCACCCAGUUGGCAGUUAACAAGAUCAAAGAGAUCGCUGUGACCGUGAAGAAGGAAGAUAAAGUGGAACAGAGGAAGCUGCUGGAGAAGUGUGCCAUGACCGCCCUGAGCUCUAAGCUGAUUUCCCAGCAGAAAGCCUUCUUCGCUAAGAUGGUGGUGGAUGCAGUGAUAAUGCUCGAUGAGUUGUUGCAGCUUAAAAUGAUUGGAAUCAAGAAGGUGCAAGGUGGUGCUCUAGAGGAGUCCCAGCUGGUAGCUGGCGUUGCAUUCAAGAAGACUUUCUCUUAUGCUGGGUUUGAAAUGCAACCCAAAAAGUACAACAAUCCAAUGAUUGCCCUUUUAAAUGUUGAGCUUGAGCUGAAAGCUGAGAAAGAUAAUGCUGAAAUCAGAGUCCACACGGUGGAGGAUUAUCAGGCAAUUGUUGAUGCUGAGUGGAACAUUCUCUAUGACAAGUUAGAGAGGAUCCAUCAUUCUGGAGCCAAAGUCGUCUUAUCCAAACUCCCCAUUGGGGAUGUGGCCACCCAGUACUUUGCCGACAGGGACAUGUUCUGUGCUGGCCGGGUGCCGGAGGAGGAUCUGAAGAGGACAAUGAUGGCCUGCGGAGGCUCCAUCCAAACCAGUGUGAAUGCUCUGUCAGCUGAUGUGCUAGGCCGCUGCCAGGUCUUUGAAGAGACGCAGAUUGGAGGCGAGAGGUACAAUUUCUUCACUGGCUGCCCCAAGGCCAAGACCUGCACUAUCAUCCUUCGUGGUGGUGCUGAGCAGUUUAUGGAGGAGACAGAGCGGUCUCUGCAUGACGCCAUCAUGAUCGUCAGGAGGGCCAUCAAGAAUGAUUCAGUGGUAGCUGGUGGCGGGGCCAUUGAGAUGGAGCUUUCCAAGUAUCUGCGGGAUUACUCAAGGACCAUUCCAGGAAAACAGCAGCUGUUGAUCGGGGCAUAUGCCAAGGCCUUGGAAAUUAUCCCACGUCAGCUGUGUGACAAUGCUGGCUUUGAUGCCACAAACAUCCUCAACAAGCUGCGAGCUCGGCAUGCCCAGGGGGGCAUGUGGUAUGGAGUGGACGUCAACAAUGAGGACAUUGCUGACAACUUUGAGGCGUUUGUGUGGGAGCCAGCCAUGGUGCGCAUCAAUGCCCUGACUGCAGCCUCUGAGGCCGCCUGCCUUAUCGUGUCAGUGGAUGAGACCAUCAAAAACCCUCGCUCAACAGUAGAUGCUCCCCCAGCUGCGGGCCGGGGACGGGGCCGGGGCCGCCCACACUGAGAGGCACCUUGUCCCUCACAAGAGUGGCUGGCAGGCUGGCUGCAGGGUAUGCUUACUCUGUCUUGGUUAAUGGGUAUUAUGAGGAAGGGGUAGUAAUUGGCCUGCUCAGCUCUCACUGGAGGUUAUUUAAAUAAACUUAAAGACUUAAAUAAACUUAAUAGACUUAAAA